ACGACCUGGUCUGGUUUUGGAGGGGUGGAAUGUAGCCUGACGCGCCUCCAGAAACGACAGGUUGUUAUGUAACUGCGCCCCUGCGGUGCGUGUGAGUCGCACGGUGCGUCGAGACCUGCCGCUGCGAUGAAGGGGACUUAUUGGAGAAAUGCCUAAGGGACGCGAUGGGCCUGAGCGACGACAAGGAUCGCAUUGUGAUCAACGUGGGAGGGAUCAGACAUCAGACAUACCGCAGCACCCUGCGCACUCUACCUGGCACGCGCUUAUCCUGGCUGGCCGAGCCUGACGCGCCCAACCACUUUGAUUAUGACGCCAAAAUUGAGGAGUUUUUCUUCGAUCGCCACCCCGGCGUCUUUGCACACAUCCUUAACUACUACAGGACAGGUAAACUGCACUGCCCGGCUGACGUCUGUGGGCCCCUGUACGAGGAGGAGCUGGCCUUCUGGGGCAUCGAUGAGACAGACGUGGAGCCGUGCUGCUGGAUGACCUAUCGUCAGCACCGGGAGGCGGAGGAAGCCCUUGAUAGUUUCAGCGGGGGAGGACUGCUGGAUCUGGGGAGCGAUGAUCCGGAGCCGGAGCAGGAGCAUCCUGAGGACGAUGUGGAUGAAAUGACUCGCAGGCUGGCGCAAGGAGACUCUCCUGAUGUCAGGAGCGGAAGCCUGUGGAGCAGGUGGCAGAAGCACGUCUGGGCUCUGUUUGAGGACCCCUACUCCUCUAAAUAUGCACGGUGGGUGGCACUGGCCUCGCUAUUCUUUAUUCUGGUGUCUAUCACCACCUUCUGUCUGGAGACCCAUGAGGCCUUCAACCCCAUCAUCAACCGCACUGAGUUUGAGCUGGUGGACAACAUCACAGUGGAGCACAUCUACCAGGAGACGGAGACUGCAGCCUACCUCACCUACAUUGAAGGCGUUUGUGUGGUGUGGUUCACGUUUGAGUUUCUAAUGAGAAUAACUUUCUGCCCGAAUAAGUUCGACUUCAUUCGCAAUGCCCUAAACAUCAUUGACUUUGUGGCCAUCUUACCCUUCUAUCUGGAGGUAGGCCUCAGAGGCCUCUCCUCUAAGGCAGCAAAAGAUGUGCUGGGUUUUCUGAGGGUGGUCCGCUUUGUGCGGAUCCUGCGUAUCUUCAAACUGACCCGCCACUUUGUGGGACUGAGGGUGCUGGGCCACACUUUGAGAGCCAGCACCAAUGAGUUCCUGCUUCUGAUCAUCUUCCUCGCUCUUGGAGUCCUCAUCUUUGCUACAAUGAUCUAUUAUGCUGAACGGAUUGGAGCUAAUCCAAACGACCCUCGAGCCAGCGAGCACACACAUUUCAGGAACAUCCCCAUUGGGUUCUGGUGGGCUGUGGUAACCAUGACAACCCUGGGCUAUGGAGAUAUGUAUCCUCAGACAACUUCUGGCAUGCUGGUUGGAGCUCUGUGUGCCCUGGCAGGCGUGCUGACCAUUGCCAUGCCCGUCCCUGUGAUUGUCAACAAUUUUGGAAUGUAUUACUCCCUGGCAAUGGCAAAACAGAAACUACCAAAGAAAAAGAACAGGCACAUCCCUCGGGCACCCCAACCUGGUUCUCCUAAUUUCUGUAAGUCAAGCAUCAGCUCACAACAUCAGAGCCCCAUCGCCCAUGAUGACGUUUUCGAGAUAAAGUUUCAAGAUUCCAAAUUGAACGGCGAGGCAGCUAAUGCAGCUCUAGCGAAUGAAGACUGCCCUCACAUCGACCAGGCCAAUUCUCCGGAGGAAAUCUUCAGCCCCAGCGAGAGGGAGCGGCCCUGCUUCCUGGUCACCACUGCUGAACGCUCCAACCACACAGGGGGCAGAGUGAGGAGGGGUUAUGAAAAGCCUUGGAGCCUUAACAGCAUGUCUGGCAUGAGCGGGGAUGCCUCUGGAGUGUCCUCGGUGUCCGCCCUGCCCUGCAGCCCACCCUGUCUAAUGCAGCACUCACAUUCUCCCAUCCCAUCCAUUAUGUAGCAUGGUUGAGUAGCAGACACAAUGCCAUUGGAAGGCCAGUUCACACUCCUCCUCGUAUCUCUCCUGUCAGAUUUUGAUUUUACACUUGCCUUCGCUCCUGCUUUUUUUGCAUUACUUUUCUUUUCUGGAAAACUGUACCUUAACUGUGCUAAUAGUCAAGCUUCCCAAGUGUUCUCCUUGGGUGUGUCAUCAUAUCCUCGACUAGAAUACAUUGGCACAUGCCACUCUGCAUGGGUCGCCUCAGUUGCAGACAAAGCACUGUUCUACUUCUACCACAGGCUAACCUCACUCUCUCCCUGUACUACAUUGCCUGUUGCUCUGUUGCUUUUGAUCUCACAUAUUUUAUCUCAUCUGCUUUAUUUAAAAAAAGAGAAAAAAUUGUGAAUGAACAUUUUAUAAAAUGUAACCUGUGCUAUUAGUAUGCUGAACAUUAACAGUACAUGCUUUUAAACAUAUCCUAAAUGUACCAUUACCAGCUGUUAAGGAAACUCCUCUUAAGUGCUUUGUACCUUGCAAACUAGAGACAUUAUAAUUCUGAAAGUGCAACCCAGACAAGAGUUGAUGUUUUCUGAGUGGCCAUUUAAAAAAAAAAAUCUUUGCAAAUAUGAUGUUCACAAUGUCCAAUGCAGUAUGGAGAUGAUGACAAUUCCUAUGUUAUUCAUGAUUACGCCAUCUAAUGUCAGCAGAACUAAAACUGUUUGUUCAUUUGCAUGACGUGCAUGAGAAAUUUUGUUUAAAAAAAAGAAGCUAACUGUAUCGCAGUACCUGUCAGAAAAAAAUCUUUCAAAAGCUUAAAAGCUUUGUUGUUUUUUAUGCAUUAUCAGACAGCUUUACAAGAGACUCAGUCAUAGCAGAGGUUUUCAUGUAGCUGCCAUUCUUUGCCUUUCCCCAAAUUAAUUAUAUUCUGGUAUUUAUUUGACUAGGAUCUCUGACUAAAAACAGCAGGAUAUAACUUGAACAAACGGCCAUAAAGCCCAACUGAUGUUGUUAUGAGCAUAAACACUUUUGAUACGACUUUAUCUACUGGCAGCCAUGUUUUUAAACUCUACUUGCAGCAACUUCUGCUGUAAUGCUGAAAUGAAGGUGAAAUUUAAUCUAAAACUGUGGUGCCUUCAUACCUGGUGAGGCAAAAUGAGCCAAAAUAUACUGACAUGAUUCCAUGUGAGGUGCUACCAGAGUAGCAUCAAUUCACUUUAUUUGCCAUGCUCAUAACAGUGUGCGAAAAGCUUUAUUAUUUAAGAGGCAUUUUAUAGCGUUUGCACUGCCCUCAUACACUUAAUCACAGCAAACAUGUCCUCUUGUUUAUAGGCAUCUGGCAUAUACGAACAUUCAAAAGAUUUGUUUCAGUCUGUAGCUCAUGAGAGGGAACUCUCGUCCUCAGUGGAAACACUUUGUAUGAUAAGCACAAAAUUUUAGAGGGCAAACCAAAAACGCUUAAUUUACAAUCGAAUAUGAUAGGAUGAUUCCUACAGUUUGUAUGUCUAUUAAUUUAAAACAUCAGUACCAUUACUGUUACAAGUAUCGAUCUACCCCAAUAAUUAUGCACAGGUUUUUUCAGGGUACUUUAAGAAACUCAGACUGACCAAUCAGAAAUGCUAAUUUCCAGGAAGGAGAGAA